UGAAGUUAAUAGCUGACUAUGAACACAUUUUCCAUGUGGAAGGUCAACAAUUGACAUUCACUAAUGCUGUCAAGCAUAGAAUCAACACUAAGGACGAUGUCCCCAUCCAUGUGAAAUCUUACCGCUACCCCUUCUCUCAUAGAGAAGAAGUACAACGACAGAUUUCAAAAAUGCUUGACCAAGGCAUAAUAAGGCCUUCAAAUAGUCCAUGGACAUCCCCUGUGUGGAUUGUCCCAAAAAAAUUAGAUGCAACGGGACAGAAGAAAUGGCGGUUAGUCAUUGACUACCGUAAAUUGAAUGAGAAAACGAUUGACGAUCGUUAUCCCAUUCCCAAUAUAACGGACAUUCUUGACAAGCUAGGACGUUGUAUGUAUUUUACAACCCUAGACUUGGCAUCAGGCUUCCACCAAAUAGAGGUCGACAGCCGCGAUAUCGCAAAAACCGCUUUCAAUGUAGAAAACGGUCAUUACGAAUUUCUGAGGAUGCCUUUUGGCCUCAAAAACGCUCCAUCGACGUUCCAACGCGUCAUGGAUAAUGUUCUAAGAGAACACAUUGGUGUCAGAUGCCUAGUCUAUAUGGAUGACAUCAUCGUAUUCUCUACAAGUUUAAAGGAACACCUCGAUAAUUUGAGGAAAAUCUUUGAAACUUUACGAAAAUAUAACAUGAAAAUUCAGCUCGAUAAAAGCGAAUUCCUUAAGAAGGAAGUUGCUUUUCUCGGCCAUAUAGUAACCCGAGACGGAGUGCAACCAAAUCCAGAUAAGAUCGAAACUAUCCGGAAAUGGCCCAUUCCCACUGACGAAAAGCAAUUGAGAGGCUUUCUCGGAGUCCUUGGUUACUAUCGCAAAUUCAUCAAAGACUUUGCGAAAAUAGCCAAACCCUUAACACAAGCUCUACGGAAGGGUGAGAAAAUCAUUCAUAAUAAAGAGUUCGUCGAAGCAUUUGAACGAUGCAGAAACAUUCUCACAUCGAGUGACAUUCUCCAAUACCCGGAAUUUGAUAAACCGUUUGUUUUAACGACAGACGCAUCAAAUUACGCCGUAGGUGCCGUACUGUCACAAGGCAAAAUUGGCAGCGACAAGCCAAUUGCCUUCGCGUCACGAACCCUCAAUAAGUCGGAAGAAAAUUAUUCCGCUAUUGAGAAGGAGUUGUUGGCAAUCGUGUGGGCGUGCAAAUACUUUAGACCGUACCUUUACGGACGGAAAUUCACGCUGUACACUGACCAUAAACCAUUAACACAUGGUUUAAAUCUAAAAGAUACCAACAGCAGACUCAUUCACUGGCGAUUAUAUUUAGAAGAGUUCGACUUCGAAAUACAAUAUAGGCCAGGUAGGCAAAAUGUCGUGGCAGAUGGUCUGUCAAGAGUACGAGAAACGGAGAUGAACGUCAACGACGCUAGUGAUGCACCUUCUUCGUCUGACACGGAAGAUGACUCUUCUGAAAACGACGAAACGGUACAUUCUGCUGACACGGAUGAUUCUGCCUUUAUACCUUGCACAGAACACCCACUGAAUAAAUUUAGUAAUCAAAUUGUUUUACAAAUAGGGGCAGACGAGGGAGAAACUUAUGAGGAAGUAUUUCCUAGAAUGUUCAGACGUACGAUCACAAAAAUCAAUUUCGGAGUACCCAAUCUGAUUAAAAUGUUCAAAAACUACAUGGAUGUUAAGAGGUCCAAUUGCAUAUUUUGUCCGGAAAGCGUUAUAAAUUCACUUCAAAUAGUUUACAAAAACUAUUUCAGUCGUGGCAAACCAUUUAAGGUUUGUAUAUCUCAAAAACUCCUAAUUGAUCUAAAAACUCCAGAAGAACAAAAUUUGGUUAUCGAACAAACACAUUCGAAUGGACACCGUGGUAUAUGGGAGAAUAAUAGAAAAAUUGCAAUUCGUUACUUCUUCCCAGCUAUGAAAAGUAAAAUACAACAGUAUGUAAGGCUCUGUCGGGUCUGCAACUCAAGUAAGUACGAAAGACACCCGUACAAGAUCAAACUUGGAAAAACUCCUAAUCCAAAAAAGCCUCUAGAAAUAGUACACGUAGAUAUUUUUAUAAAGAAACCUAACAUAUUUCUCUCUUUCAUAGACAAAUUUUCACGGUUCGGGACGGUCAUUCCAAUCAAGUCACGAAACAUCAACGAUGUAAGGAACGGGUUAACAAAAUAUUUCACCUUGAUUGGUACUCCAAAUUUAAUCGUCUCUGAUAAUGAGCCAGCCAUACGCUCGAUUGAAAUAAGAACGCUUUUGGAAAACCUGAACGUCCAAAUACAUUUCACCCCACCAAACCAUAGCGUUAGCAAUGGAACUGUCGAAAGGUUUCACUCUACUUUGGGUGAAAUUUAUCGAUGUCUUAAGCCGACGUACCCCGAUCUCAACGAUAAAGAACUUUUUAGAAUUGCAUGCACAACGUACAAUAAUACCGUGCAUUCCGCUGUAAAAUUAAAACCAAGAGAGAUCAUGUAUGCGAGAAGGGAUGAGGACGAAAUGUCUUUGGACAUAGACAAAAUUAUUGAAAAUAGAAACAAAUUCUUUCAAGAAGUUGUAAGUCGUUCGGAAGCGACCAAAAAUAAAAAUUUGAAGUACCACAACAGGGCCAGAGAAGAGCCACCCGUUCUACCCGUGGAGGGCACCGUGUACAACAAAGUACAGGGUGUCAGGAACAAGGGCCGCGAGAGAUACCUUCCAGUCACAGUGGUCGAAGACAAGGGUAGAACCUUUACAGACCAUUAUGGCCGGGAGUUACAUAAAGACAAUAUUCGGAGAACCUGAAUCCACAACAAAAUUAUUUUCUUUACACAUGUUUCAGAAUGUGGAUUCGCCUGACAACCCUGACAUGCCUGACAAUUGCCACGACAGUAGCACAGACAAUACAACUAUACGACUUGACGAGGAACCCUGGACUACUGACAUUACAAUCCGGAAACACGCUUAUCAAAAUUGGACAGCAUCGCAUAUAUCAUGUGAUCGACUUGACCAAAUACAAACCCCUUUUGGAUAACAUCGAACUCGCCGUCGAUGGACUCAAAAUUUUUAUCGAUUACCAGGAUCUUACAUCCCUUUUGAAAACAAAGCUGGAAGAAGUCAAAAGAUCGUAUAGGAGGUUAAUUCCAGCACAACACUUUCGUCAUAAAAGAGGAGCAUUUAACUUUUUAGGAUCAGCGAUUAAAAUAAUAACAGGCAAUUUAGAUGAAAACGAUUUGAAACAGAUUAAUGACGACAUCAAGGAUUUGAGAGAAAAGAACCAGGAUCUAGUUAGACAAAAUAACAUUCAAGUAAAACUAAAUCGACUCCUAGAGAACCGAAUAAACAAAAUCAUUGACUCCGUAAACAAAGAGCAGAAAAUCAUAAAACAACAAAUAAUAGCAGCUAGACAGACGUUGAUUAUUAAUAGACUGAUUAACCAAAAUUUUACGACUAUCAGACAGGCAUUUAAAAUCUCCUUCCAUUUAGAUAUUCUGCAAAAACAUUUAGAUUCCAUUUUUGAAGUUAUUCAGUUAGCAAAAAUUCAUGUUAUUUCAAAGAAUUUUCUAGAGUCAGAAGAAAUCCGGUUUAUUUUAGACAGAUUAGAGGAACAGAACAUAACCAUUUUGAAUCCCGAUCAGGUCUACGAUUACUUGGAUAUCCGCGCGCUCUUCAAAGGUCCAAUACUCUACUUCAUAAUUGGCGUACCACAAAUCUCACCUCUCUAUUUCAACAAUUUAAUAUUGGAACCACUUCCAAUCGGCGGUCGAACUGUUAAAUUACCCUGGCAUCAUGCGGUAAUCCAUGGCAACUUAACGUACUUUAUCAAAGACAGUUGCAAAACCAUUGGAGAAAACACCAUGUGUGAGGAGGACCAGCUAGAGGACGUCUCCGACGAUGGGUGUUUUUCGAAAAUCAUCAGGGGACUCCCAGGAAGAUGUACCUUUACUAAAUUCAGAAACAUUACCCAAGCAACACGAUUAACGGACCACCACAUUGUUGUUAAAAACGCAUCAGUCACGUUGAUAUCCGACUGCUUACAAAACGACAGAAAACUGUUCGGAACAUUUCUGAUAUUUUUCUCGAACUGCAGCAUCUCCAUAGAUGGGAAAAAUUUCUCCACUACCAAGUAUGCAUCAACCUUACCGACUGUAAUUCCGAUGGACGGAGUUAAAAUCGAACAGGCAGACUUCGAGCCUAUCUUGGACCUCAAGGAGCUGAGGAAGUUACACCUGGAGAACAGAGAGGAACUACACAUUAUCAAAAACCGGCAUUUCCUCCAAACAACCACAAGUUUGGGGUUAUCCUCCAUUUGUAUCAUUUUAGGAAUUUGCAUCGGCCUCUAUUCUUUAUACACGAGGAAGACGAAGCCAAACGGCACCAGCUUAGACAACGACACAGGAAACGCGGAUCGUUGCGAAAUUGUAUCGGGACGAUCCAAUCUUGAGGGGGGAGCAGUUAAAGAAAAAUCCCCUCGGACGCCGACGCCACAUGUAACCUGCAAGCUGAGACCGGGACCAUCACCUACACGGGCGUGCUGACGUAAGCACUCGUGCGACUUGCGCCACCGCCGACGACGGACGGUGACGGACCGUUUGCACCUAACCAGCUGACAGGGCACAUCGAAGACUUGGACUUCGACUACCACCUGAUCGUGGAAUUUGCUGACACAGGAAUAAUGGAGCGUUAGGUAGGUUUCAUUAAAUUCAGACAGAGAAAUAAAGUCAGUCUUGUUUGUAAACCCUUUUUAAAAA